GUCUUUUGGCAUUUUGGUGGAUUUUCUUGGGAUCUUCAGUUUUCCGGUAUUUUUGGUGAAUUUUUUUUGUAUCUUUGGUCUUUAGCAUUUUCUUGGGGUCUUCAGCAUUUUGGAACUCUGGUCUUCGGCACUUUUGAAAAAUCUUGGUUUCUUAGAGUUUUCGGUGUUUUGGUAAAUUUUCUUGGAGUUUUCAGCAUUUUGAUUUUUUGGCAUUUUGGUGAAUUUUUUUGGGAUCUUUGGUCUUUGGCAGUUUUGGAGAAUUUUUUUGAUAUCUUUGGCGUUUUGGUAAAUUUUCUUGAAGUCUUCAGCAUUUUGGUCUUUUGGCAUUUUGGUGAAUUUUCUUGGGAUUCUUUGGCAGUUUUGGAAAAUUUUCUUGGUAUCUUUGGCGUUUUGUCUUUGGCAGUUUUGGAGAAUUUUCUUGGUAUCUUCGGCAUUUUGGUGUAUUUUCUUGGAGUCUUCAACAUUUUUGUCUUUUGGAAUUUGGUGAAUUUUUGGUCUUUGGCGAUUUUGAGAAAUUUUUUUGGUGUCUUUAGUAUUUUGGUGAAUUUUCUUGGAGUUUUUAGCAUUUUG